AUGCGCCCGCCCGCUUCCCCAGAUCCAGCGUUCAACAGCAAACUGACUACCGCGCUUCAGCGUGCUAAAGAACAGGGGCUGACGAAGCAGGGGAUUGAGAAUGCCAUGGCCCGGGCGAAAGUGGUAGCAGAAGGCGGAGGACAGACGGUGGUUUAUGAAGCUCUAGCAGCUGGCGGUCAAGUCGCUCUUCUCAUCGAAUGCAACACCCAAAACGCCUCCCGCCUCGUCAAACGCGUCAAAGAACUCUUAUCCAAAAACGGUGCCCAGACAUCCGCCGUCUCUUUCCUCUUUGAAAAGAAAGGGUCGAUUACGCUCACGCCGAACGAAGGAGAAGGGGGAGGGGGUGAGAAGGGGUUUGAGGCGUUGUUUGAUGCGGCGGUAGAGGCGGGGGCGGAAGAUGUGAGAGAGGUGGAGAAUGAUGAAGGGGGUGUAGAGUAUGAAGUGAUAACAACGCCAUCAACCCUCUCCCCCAUAACCCAACUCCUGCAACCCAACCCAGCCUACACGAUCCAAUCCUCCGAGCUCAUCUUUGUCCCCAACGAACCCUUGAAAGUACUUGAAGAGGGGCAAGAGGGGCAAGAAGGGGAAGGGGUGAGGGAAGAGGUGGUGGAGAGUGUGGGGAGGUUGGUGGAUGUGUUGGAGGAGGAGACGGAGGUGGAGAAGGUUUGGACGAAUUUGGAGUGA